UAGGAAAUCGCCACAGGUCGGACUCGAACCCUAGACCUCUGCGUCGAGGCAUAGACCUCGAGGUGCAUGCGCGUCGCUCUACCACUGAGUUUCAUAGGCUCCUUGUACAAAGUGACGCAUGCGCAAGUCACAUCUUCACUCGCCUUACAUCGGGGAGUUAACUGUCUGUGGAAGGGACCUUAACCGUCUACGGGAGUGACAGGUUAGGCUCGCUAACAGACAGACCUGAAAGUGAAAGCAGAACGCAGCAGCAGGAGGUCAGCACCUCGUUCGGAGAGACAACACGGCGUAGCUACAGCUUCACAAGAGCUCUGCAGUAUGGAGAUUAUCACAGACAUCAGUCUCAUCAUUGAUAAAAUCGCUUACGACGACUCUGGAAGCUUAACGAGGAUUCUUCAACCGUACAGUGUUGAGAACAAGGCUUCCUGCUACGUAGUGAAAGGAACCUAUGAGGAGCUGGAGCAGCUGUCAGUCAAACUGUCCCGGAGGCAAAGCUUCAGUCCCGUCACCCACGGACCAACCCGUCCGCAGGACAUGCAUGCUUCACCUCAUGUCAAACCUGUGGACGUAUCGGGGGCUGUCAUGUCCUACAUUGAGCUAAAAUGUGCGAAAGAACUUGCGAAGAUUCAAGGGAAGAGCGUUGUCAUUGAAACACAGCCUGACCCCAGAACAGUACACAAUCAACCCCGUGACACAGUACGGGUGACUUUCAGAUCGCACCAUGGCUCCUUGCACAGUGUCCGGGCCGACUUCGUCAGACAGCAAUUCAUCACAUUUUACCAGCGGACUGCCGCUGACCUGCAGGUCACAUGUGUCCCUGUGGGUCCACAUGACCUCAAAGAACUGCAGAGGAGAUUCCCCGGUCUCGUCUUGCAGACCAGCCACAGAAGAUCUGAAGUCACUGCAACUGGGCCUUUUGUGCACAUUGCUAAAUUAAAAGAGUACCUUUCACAAAACAGGCCGAGCUCUAGCAAGAGUCCAGUGAACGAAGGUCCAGCAGAGGCCCCGAGCAGCAAAACCUCGGGUCCUUCAUCUCAACACAGAAAAGAUCCCGAAGGAGAACCGUGUCCAAUCUGUAUGGAACCGAUAGCAACCGCCGAGAAAAAGACUCUGCCGUGCAAGCACUCGUUCUGCAGAAACUGUGUGGAAACGGCCUUCCAGUACAAGCCUGUGUGUCCGAUGUGUGGACAGAUGUACGGCACGGUGACAGGGACGCAACCCGAGGGUGGCGAGAUGAGGUCCACCACGAGCUCCGCAUCCCUGCCUGGAUACGAGAAAUAUGGAACAAUAACAAUACACUAUUACAUUCCAAGUGGCAUCCAAAAGGAGGAGCACCCCAACCCCGGGCAGCCAUAUGAAGGUGCGUCCCGUACAGCCUAUCUCCCAGACUCCCCUGAGGGCCGACGGAUCCUGGCGCUGCUGAGGCGGGCCUUUGAUCAGAGACUGGUCUUCACCGUGGGUCGCUCCUCCACCACCGGCAGGAACAACAUGGUCACGUGGAACGAUAUUCACCACAAAACCUCCACACAUGGGGGACCGACUUGCUAUGGAUACCCAGACCCUGAUUAUCUCAGCCGAGUUGGAGAUGAGCUCAAAGCCAAGGGAAUAGAAUGAGUCACUUUAAGAGACGAGAUAAGACUCACCUUUUUGAAGGUUUGAGACCGCGUCAUGAUCAAGACCAGGACAAAGACCAAGACCAGAUUUGUGUUAGACAGCCAGAGCUUCCUGUCCUGUCCCCUGCAUCCACUUUCUUGGGAGUGGGUGUAAAGUGGGCGGGACAUUUCAUUUUAGGAUUAGAAAUGAGUCGUUAUUAGUAGCAUUUGCAAGUUUUAACACAUAGACAUAAACAGACAAUGGACAGGUUAUUGAGCGGAAUCCCUGCAGGUGUGGUCUUAAUAUAAAAUCCAGAGUCCUCUUUAUCUACAACCAAGACCAGACAGAUUAAAAAUGCGGUUGAUUCUGAGACAAGACCUUCAAACGUACUUCAGUUUACUUCACGUCUGUUCAAGGUUGAGCUUCAACUCUAAUAUAUUGCUGUAUAAGUGAAUGAAUAAUAAUCCAUUGUAUUUUAAUUGGGAUAUUUUAUGAGUAAAACCUGAAUCUGCACUGUAACAAUGUUUUCCUCUGAGGUACAAGUACAC